AUGGCCGUGGUAGGGGCUGCUUUCCGCCACCUAGGUGCCUUGUCCGGACCUGGGGCCUUGGGUUUGGCCACCUACGGGGCACACGGCGCCCAAUUUCCGGAUGCCUACGGGAAGGAGCUCUUUGACAAGGCCAACAAGCACCACUUUUUGCACAGCCUGGCCCUGUUAGGGGUGCCCUACUGCAGAAAACCCCUCUGGGCAGGAUUACUGCUAGCUUCUGGAACUACCUUAUUCUGUACCAGCUUUUACUACCAGGCUCUGAGUGGAGACACUAGCAUCCAGACUGAGGGUCCUGUUGGAGGGAGCCUGCUGAUCUUGGGCUGGCUUGCCUUGGCUUUUUGA